AUGUCAACGUUUGGCUUAAAAAACUGUACUUUUUAUUGUAUUGUUAAUUGUUUUUAAUUGCUUAUUGUAUUAACUAAUUGUACAUAAAGUGUACGACAAGUACAGUGACGACAAUAAAUGUGUGAAACAAAUAGAAAAUAAAAGUGUUUUUAGUGUUUGUUUGUAUGCAUUGAAUGCCAGCGUUUGAUCCGUUUUUUCUUCAGACAAACCGCUGGCCAUCGUUACCGAUAACCGCCAAAUGGCCACCAAAUCGUCUCCAAACGGCGGUGUUAGACAUCGUGUGCCACCAAAUCCUCCGAGAAAGUCACGUGUUUUCUACAACUCAAAUGAAGUGUCGUCCGUGAUAUCGUCGUCAUCUUCACCGCCGCAACCGCAACAACAGUGGCCACCGCUAUCACAGGUGGCCAACAAGCGCUCGGACCCCACCUCUGGCUGUCAAUGCGAACAAGAUUUCCUUGAUUUUUGUCGACUUCACGCCAUAUCUCACACCGACUGUCUGAAGACCAAACAAGUCAAAUGCGAACUCUGUUUGCUGACCUCCGACCACAAGUCCAUCCAAUUGCACAUCACAUCCGAGCGACACAAACAAAGACACGACGAACUGAUGAAUUUUAUAUUUCUGUCUUCACUGCCUAUUGACAGUCAGCCGUUGGCCACUAAAUUGUCGCAAAUGCUAGAACUGAUACAUCAGAAGAAUUCAUUGAAUCCAACAGAUUAUCACAAACGAGUCGAAGUGAUAGACAAAGUCAAUGCAAUGAUACGUAACACUGGUCUCAAAGAUUAUUCGGUCCGACUCUACGGCUCAACCAUUAAUGGCUUUGCGUUGAGAGACUAUUCAGACAUUAAUAUUGAUAUAGUUUGCGGUCAUACAGAGAGUGGCGAUACAAACGGUAAAUCUAUAAGUUCUGUAUCAAUGGUAUUGUCAAAGAUAUCAGAUCUAAUCAAAAGAAAUGACAGAGAGUUUACAAACGUUAGGAAUGAAUAUAAUCUGAAAGUACCGAAAGUUCAUUUCAGAGACAAAACACAUCGCUUUGAAGUCGAGCUCUCGAUUACAGUCGAGAAGAGCUACCGAUCCUCGAAAUUGCUUCAACAGUACUGUCAUAUUGAUAAUAGAGUUGCCGUUUUAGGUGUCGCUCUACGAGAGUGGGCCCGAAUGUAUCGUUUUGAUGACCAGGAGAAUGGUCUUUGGCCGGCCUUUGCUUUUCCCAUUUUGGUCAUUCAUUUUUUGCAACGCUGUUCUCCGCCAGUAGUUCCCUGUCUACACGAAAUUAUGCAAAACUCAAGCAAUACUAAGCCAACUGAAGUGCAAAAUAUGAGCCAUUCAUCGAAACAAGAGUUUAAUGAAGAUAACGAUGCGGUCGAAGAAGAAUUCAAUUUGAAUGCACUUAAGUGGACGAAAACUAAUCACAAAAGUGUCGGCCAAUUGUGGUUAGAAAUGUUUCGAUAUUAUACCUCAGAGUUUGACUCCGAGACUCAUGUGGUAUCUAUUCGUACGACUCGUUUAUUACAUAGAAAACGAGACAAACGCUGGUCGACUCGUAUGUUAGCCGUCGAAGACCCGACCCGUCCGUCAUUGAAUUUGUCGCGUUCUGUGGGAAGUAUGAGAUUGUAUAACGUAUUUGUCGAACAAUUGAAACAUUCAUUCAAAUACUUUGCCAUUCCUUUUGUAAAUGUCUUAUCAAACGCCAGCUAUAAUUCAAAUGUCAGAGCGAGUCCACUGUUCUCUGAAAAAGAUUUUGAUGUUGUGGUCAAUAAACAAAUUUAUGAUAAUAUGGAUUGUAGUGAUCUAUUAGCUGAAGUCAAUGAAAUUUGUAGCGAAUUAGACGAAACUGAAACUAAUAAUCAACGAAAUAGUGAGGGAGAGUCGGAAUCUGAAGAAGAAAAUAAAGGCGAUAACAAUUUGCAUCAGAGAAUGACUAAAGUUUUAAAACAUUUUGGUCUCAAAGCGGUAUUAAGUCCCGAAUUAGAGAGCACUUACCGAUUAAUUCCGGCCAAACAAUUAUAUGCAUCGUUUCAUAUAAACAAAGCUCCAUUCUUUCAGUUGCCACCAAAGUUUUGCCGUCUUUGUCAUCGAUAUAGUCAUCUACAGAAUCGAUGUCCCGAAACACAAUUACCGCCAUUGAAACCAUUGCCAAAUCAAAUUGACUAUCAAUACAGUCAACUAUUAAAUCAAAUUUGUUAUGAGAUAUAUGAGGCCAAACGUAUGGACAAAAAUGAAGAACAAAUCCAAGAUUAUAUAUUAAGAGAUUUACAGGACUUUAUUCGCCAACAGUUACCGCAUGCAAGACUCGAACUCUUUGGUUCGACAAAGAAUGGUUUUGGCGCCAAGUUUUGCGAUCUGGAUAUCUGUUUGACAUUUGAUGACAACCUUACCGGUGAAGGUCUCGAAUUUGGUGCCAUCAUUGAGAAUGUCAGCGAAAUACUCAAUACUCAUCAAAGACUUCAAAAUAUUAUACCUAUAGUGUCGGCCAAAGUACCGAUCGUUAAGUUUUGUUACGUUUUCGAUAGGAAUCGAUUGGUUGAGUGUGAUAUCAGUCUGUAUAACAUUCUCGCCCGAUAUAACACUCAAUGGCUAAGACUUUAUACAUUUAUUGACCCUCGCGUUCAAGUAUUGGGGUUUGUUGUCAAACAUUUUGCUAAAACCUGUGAUAUUGGCGACGCUUCCAGAGGCAGUCUUUCCUCAUACGCCUAUACGUUGAUGACUAUUCAUUAUUUGCAACAAAAGGGUAUUAUUCCUGUUCUUCAGGAGAUUGGUUUGGAUCGUAAAGAAGAACGUAUGGUAGAUGGUUGGGACACUUGGUUUUUUGAUAACGUUCAGAUGCUUAACAGAUAUUGGAGACCUCAACCUAAUAAUGAAAAUGUCGGCCAUUUGUUUGUUGGAUUUCUGAGAUAUUAUUCGGAAAUGUUUAACUUCGAUGAGUACGUUGUCUGUUGCCGACAGUUGGCACCAUUGAAAAGACUCGACAAGAUGUGGACCGGAUCUAAGAUAGCUAUUGAAGACCCAUUUCUAUUGUCUCACAAUUUGGGGGCAGGAGUUUCACCCCAAAUGGCUGUCUAUAUCUGGACAUCAUUUAUCUUAGGUCGCAAUCUAAUUGGUUGUCCGCCUAAUGGUGGUCUAGACUCUAGGUAUCGGUAUUGGCACGACUACUUUUUUGAUAGAAAUUUGUUGACUAACGGAACGCCUCCAACGGGAAGAGGUUGUCGUGUUUGUGGCAAAAUUGGACACAAACAGAAUAAAUGUCCCGAAAGAAUGCCUCGACAACAAAGAAAUGACAAAGGAAGACCACCGAGACUUCAACAACAACCGCAACAACCACCACAUCAUCAUCAGCAUCAACAACAACAACAAAAUAGAGAGGACAGACCUAAUAAACAGGAACGACACGAUCGCAAUAGUAGAGACAAACCUAAACAAAACAAUAGACGAAAAUAG